AUGGACCCUACUGUACGCACAUUCCAAGUCUUCGGCCUGACUUCAAGCCUUGUCCUGGCCGGUGUGAAUCUCGGCUCCUCGCACCUCACCGUUCCUUUCCUAUAUAAUCAACCUACAUCUAUCAAUACGAUCUUCUUCAAAGACUUCUACACUCGCGGUGCUCUGACCCUUGUUCCCCUCGCCAUGUUCUCAGGUGCGUCGUCAGGCAUCGUUGCCUAUCUUGUUCCCGCUCAACGUACGCUCUGGACUAUUGCAGCUGUAACUACGCUGUCUCAGCUUCCAUGGACUGGACUUGGGAUGAUGGCUACCAAUAAUCGCCUCAACGACAUUGCGGCUAGUAGUGUCGAACAGGAGAAGGCGAGUCGAGAGGAAGUUGUGGAUUUGUUGAAGAAGUGGCGAUGGAUGAACAUUGUUAGGGGACUUUUGGCCUUGACUGGAGGCCUGACUGCUGUUUUGGCUCUUCAGAGUGAGUAA